AAUCCUCUAAUUAUAAUAUCUCAUCUGAAUCUUUACUUAACUCAGGAUUCCCUUAUUAUAUUUCACCUGAACCUUAUAACUUUCAAGAUAAUGACUAUAACACUCUAAUGGACGAUGUAGAUGCUGAUGAUGAAUCAUUUGAAUAUUAUAGCGUUUGUGACAAUAAUAUGGUUAACGAAGCUCUAACAGAGGAGAAUAACGAAACUCUAACAGAAGAAAAUAACAAGGCUCAACCAGAAAUUCAUAGUGAUGAUGAUCAGCAAAGUGAUGAUGAAUUAAAUGAUAGUGAAUGUGAAGAGCAAAUGAAACCAUUAGUAUUGAAUCAAGAGUUGAAAUUUGAGACAUGGAAAAUUGCCGAGGCAUAUCUUGAUGAUUAUGCUAAGCAGCAAGAUCUAGUCGAUAAUACUAUUACAAGACGUUGGAUAUAUGAAUGCUCGUAUUCUCACGUGCAUCAAUCUCAAAAGGUCAUUUUAGAAGAGGACAGAAGAGAAAGAGAUUCAAAAAUGAUAGG